AUGAAAUGCUAAAUCAUAAUUGUUGUAAAUUCAACAGAAAAAAGUAAUUCAAAAGUAAAUCAUUCUUCAAUUAAUGAGCUCAAUCUAAAUUUGAAAAAUGAAAAUAAUAAAUUCCAUUUUUAUUCAGAUAUUCUUUUCCUAUAAAACUAAUUCAAAUUAAAUGUUUUUUUGAAUCCUUAUAUUAAUCAGACUUAUUAAAUUAGUAAUACUCCAUUAUUUUUUUUUGAAUUUGAUAAAUUAUUCUGUUAAUAUGAUCAAUCAAAAAAUGCUAUAUUAUUUUAUAGAUAUUAUCAAUUAAACAGUUUUAUAAAACCUAAAUAGAAGUAUCUCUACCUAAUUCACCGCAAAGAUUUGUUUAAAAAUGAUACUUUAUUCAAGUGUUUAAGAGUAAUUUAUGAAAAUAACACAUUAGAAGUAAAAUCCUAAUUAGUUGAGUAGAUAACAGUAUAACAUAAUUGUUAAAGUAAAUUCUAAUAAAAAAUCUGGAAGUCAGAAGCACUAUUUUUAUUCCAAAAUAGUUCAUUCGAUAUAUAUAAUAGUGAGGGUAGCAUAAGUGUAAGUAUAAAAAAUAAUCAAAAAUUUUUGAAUUCUUGUUUAUCAAAGCUUCAAUCAUUUUAUUUUAAAGAUAAGAUUGAGUUGAGAUAAAUAAAUAUUCCUUAUUACAUAAGUUUUCAAAAAGAUUCUCAUUUUUAUAUUUACAAUUGUAAGCAAAAUAAAAUAAUUAUUUCAAUCAAUAGAGAUAAAUUUGAAGUACUUGAAUCUUAAGGGGACUAUUAUAUAAUAAACAAAAACAAUACCAAUCAUUUGAGAGUAAUAUAAUUUAAAGACGAGUAAUUACUCUAAUUAAAAAUAAAGUUUGAAGAAGCAAUUAUAAAUUCUUAACAAAUUUCAUAAAGUGUAAUUCUAUACAUGAAUAAUUCAAAUUUACCUCCUUUAAUAUAUUAAAAUUUUUAAUUAGAUUAAGAUGGAAAAUAUCUUUCGAAGAGUCUUUAUUAAUCAGAACCUAUUCUAUUUUAUUAAGAAAUGGGAUAUUAAAAGUUUAUAUAGUAUAAAAAUUUUAUAGCUGUUGAAAAUAAAGGAAAUAUUAGAUGUUUUAAAUUUUAAGUGGGAUUAAUUAUUUCGAUUUCAACUUUAACAAUCGCAAAUAAAGACUAUUCAAUAAUAGCAAUACAAAAUUUCACAAGAUCACUUAUCCUUAUUUAUUGUAAUGAUUAUGAAUUACAUUAAAUUUUUAAUUAUAGUUUUUCUGAUUAUGUAUUUUCAUAUCCAUUUAAGUACAUAAGAAACCCUUCUCAUUUAGCUAUUUUAAUGAAGUAAAACAAGGAAUUAUAUAUAGCUAUUUUUAAAUAUAAUAUAUCUUCAUUGUAAUUUUAAGAAAUUAUUGAAACUGAUGAUUCCUUUUUUACUUUUUAUUAAAGUGAUCUAUUGUAUUAUUGGAAUAAAGAAUGGAGAUAUUUACUUUUAAAUCAAAUUUUGAUAGAAGUAGAAAUAAAUCAUAAUUUUUUAAAUAAUAUAUCAUUACUCUAUUAGAAAGAUUUAUAUCCAAAUAAAUAAUAAGAGAGAAGUAUUUAACUGAUAUUGUAGAUUUAAAACAAUUGUUAAAAGAUAUAUCCUCUUAAGAAUUUAUUUAAUUUUGAAAUUAAAUAGAAUUAAACAUUAAAAUUAUAAAUAUCAGAUAUUUUUUAUGGACCAAUUAAUAAUUUGACAAUUAUAACUAAUUCCUCCAUCUUUUUUAAUGGACCUUUUCAAUUGAAAUAAAAAGUUUAACUUUGUAGUUUAAAUGAAUCUAAUUUUUGUAUCAAAUAACUUGAGAUUGAAAGUAAAGUAUAAAGAUUAAUAUUUUCAACAAUUAUUACGGAAAAUUAAGUUUUUGAAAUUAUCGAUACUUUUUCAAAUAUCAAAAUUAUUUCCUUUCUGUUGAUAAAAUAGGAUUAUUAUCUUUUAUUUUUACAAUCAGAAACCAAUUUAAAAAUUCAAUUAAUUUAAUGUUCUGAACUAAUAGAUUAAAAUUGUUAUGUAAUAACAGAUCUUAAUGAAAAAUUUCAAAUACAACCUAUUACUGCAGAUGUAUUGAGAACAGGAAAUCUAAUAAAGCUAAAAAAUUAAUUUAACCAGUCUUUUAUUUAUUUUGAAGAAAUCAAAUUUAUUUUAGUAUAAUUACCUGAAAUUGUCGUGGAUGUCAUUUAUAUUGAAGAAACACAGGAUCAAUAUUUAAUAAUAUAAUAAAUCAAAUAAAAUUCAAGUAAUUUAGAAUUAAUGAUUUAUUCGAUCUAUUUAAAUAAGAAAAGUAUAGUAUAUUCCUUAUCCAUUCCUAAAUAACUUUAUAUAAAAUUGAUUAAUGAUCAAUAAUUAAAAUUUUAAGAAUUAAAAUUAACCUCAUGUAUUUAAAUUGGAGGUUUAACAAAAAUUAAAUUAUUCAUUAUUACUUAAUAUUAUUCUUAUUUGUUUUAAUUAAUAUUAGAUCAGUAGAAGAAUUAAGUUUAAUUUGAAUUGUAAAAGUCAGUUAGAAAUUGUGAUUCUUAAAACUGCAAAAAUAAAAUAUUCACAAUAAACUAUUUUGAUGACAAUAUUUUGAUUUUAAAAGAAAUUAAUAACAAUCAUUUUUUAUUUUAUGAUUUGAGAAAACACAGAAACUUUUAUGAUUAUUUUCAUAAAUCAAUAAAUUAGAUAAAAAUAAAAAGAAUAAAUACUACGCAUUUCAUUUUCUUCGAAAAUUUCUUUAUCCAUUAAGGAACAAUAGGAUAUGAGAUAGAAUAAUUAGAUAGUUCAGAAAUUAAUUAUAAUUUUGAACUACAUGCAUAAAAUGAAAUAUCAAAUGAAAAAGCUUUAUUUUAGAUACAAAUAAUUUAAUAAAAAUAUUAGUUUACAAAUACUUUAAUCCUAAUAUUAUUAUCAUGCUUUAUUUUCAUAAUUAUUUAUCUAAGAAAUUAGAAACAAAGGACUUACAAAUAAUUAAAAAUAAGAAGCACUCUUUAAGUAAGCUAAAUUAUAGAUAUCUGA